AUUAUCAGGUACCUAGGUAGAAGGGAAGGGCGUUGCUGCUGGCAUUCACUGCUGGGCGCAGAUGAGCACUACCUGAGCUGAAAUCUAGUCCUAAGCACAGCUUCCAUUCUUUUUGUGAAGGGUGCAAGUGUCGGACUCGAGCAAUAUGCCAGCUCGGAAAGGGGAACAGGGGCACUUUUGUUUACAAGCCUUCUGCUUCUCUCAACCUGCUACUUACAUUGAAAUGGUGAAAAUGGCAAUUUGACUUUGAUCCAUUACCCAAGGCCAAGUUGUGCUCUGCAACAGCUAGCUGUGAACAUGAUUGACCUGACACAGGAAGACGUCGCGCUGGACGCAUGCGAUUCAAAUCCUGGCAAUAACAAAGCAACAUCACAAGGAAGCAAGGAAGGAGCAAGCAGAUGGAAGAAGCGGAAGGGUCCUUCAGCAGCAAGGGUAACCAUCGACCUGGAUUCAGAACCCCCCCGGCUUGACACCGAAUCCUUCUCCCUGGCGGCUGAACCGAAGGUUUCUAGGGCUUCAGCCGCACUCAAGUUGACGCCCAAGACGCCGGUCAAACCGGUGGCAAAACGCCGCAAAAGCAGCCCUCUCCAAGCACCAGUUGCUGCAUUGCUCAGAAGCUGUAAAGCUGAACAGAAAGGAAGUGGGGAGGAUGCAGAUAGUCAGGCGGAGAGCACAAACGGUGGGGACACCGAGGGUCACGGGGCGGAGGGCGAGGAUACAGAUGCCGAAUGUGAAUCAACAGAACUAGCAUCUGCGACAUCCAAGGUGCCGCAACCCCCCUGCGAGACAGACAUACCAUCGAAGCUGCCGCCAGUAGCAAACCCACGCAGCAUUUUGAAGCCAACCCCAAGCCCUGUCCAAGUAGAGGGAACGGCACAUAGGCCGCAGGGUGAAUGGCUGCAGAAUGCAGAAAGAGGAUUAAAGCAGGAUCCAAGCAGGCCAAGUGCUUCGGAUGCAGCAGGGACGUCGCCAGCAGAUACAUGCCGGCCACAGGGUCCUAUGUUGAAUCUGCAGAGAGCUCAGCAGCAAGCAGCCCCAUUGUUCAAUCCUCCCCAGUCACCAAGUGCACUUUCAGCCCCUAAAUCCAUCCCAAGCACUUUCCAACCGCCGCCAAACAUCUCUUUGGUCCAGAAAACUCCCCCUGAGUUGAAUCGAGAGUGGGAGGCUUCUGGGGCUGCGGUGCGCGCGACUCCUGCAGCGAUUCCCCCCAGCAGAUCCAGUGUACUUGAGCCACACGCAUACGGUCAGAAAGCCCCUCCGAGCGUUGCGGCAGUCCCUCCCUGGAUGUCCACCGAAACCCCUCCCAGUCAACGAGGGCCGAUCAAAGGUCCAGCAAGGACAGUCAUUGAGCCAGUAGAUGCGCGCAGUCCCCUAGAAACCACGAUUAGGCAGAGCAAGCCACAGGCCGGAAGCGGACAGCCGAGGACUGCGACCACAAAGCCAAUCAGUGAUGAUCUGAGCUGGCUGCCGGAGCCCGACUUCACGGAGCUAGACGCGCUGAUCCUGGCGCACCAGGCGUCGAAAGAGACGUUCCGGCAGGAGGAGGAAAGGAGACGGCGAGUGGCGGAGCUUGAGAACGCCCAGGAGCGGACAGUAGCGGGAAGGGGCGGGAGAGGAGGUGUUGCUGCGGGUGUCAGUGGGAGAGGGGAAGCGAUAGAGGGGCAAGGGAGGGGAGGCGGGGACAGGGAAGCUGACGCAGCAAACCAGCGGGCUUGGGAGACAGAGGAGCGGGGGGAGAGUAUUGGGGAGCGGAGUGCCAAAAGGUGGGACUCUUGGCAGGGGCGUGUGGGAAGAAACGGAAACGGGGUGAGCACUUCGUGGCAGGGUGAGGGACCGGUAGGUAUAGAGCGGAGUGAGAGGGAGGGACGGCAAACGCGUGUCCUGCAAGCAAACCCUCUGCAAAGCGGUUUGGGGAAGGCGAGAGAGAACGUGCCGGCGGAAGCAGUCUGGCCGCCUGAGCCAGAUUUUGGAGAAGCCACACCCAGAAAGAGAGAGGCAGGGGGGCGGUCAGCUAGAAAGAAGCAGAGGGUGGUGGAGAGUGACAGCGAAUUGGAGGAGGAAGAUGAGCUUCCCGCUUCCUGCAAGAGGGAUCCCCAGGUUCCACUGGAUCCUCCCAAGUCGGAGAGGAAGCCCACGCCUGCUCCUGUGACCAGACAGAGAGCGCCCGCCUCUGAAAAGAAAGCGGGUGCCAAGCUGACGCCCAAAUCGUGCAUCUUGGACAGCGACACGGAUGAUGACGUCAGCAAUGACAGUGGCGGGUCCGAAAAGAAAGUUGGGAGCAAGGGGGCGGGUUCGGACAGUCCGGUGGCAAGUUUGAAGGGGAGGGUGCUUCGGACAGUGGGCAAGGGGUCUGGAAGGAAGCCUAAGCGACUGGCUAAGGUGGGAUCGGGUUAUGGGGCGGGUUUCGAGACGGGUUUAGGGGAGGACCGAGUGGAGGAGGCGCUCGAGCGGCUGAGGCGCAAAGUGGCGGACGAGGGGCAGAUCGUGCAUGUGGAGUCGCAGCCAGCACAACCUGCCGUUCACCAAAAGUCCAAGUGGCCGCUACAGAAAAAGAUCGAAGAAGCGUUGCUUGCAAGGGGCGUCACCCAGCUGUACUCGCACCAGGCGGAGGCAAUCACCCACGUGUUUGGCGGGAGUAGCUUGGUCGCAGCCACACCGACGGCAAGUGGAAAGAGUCUCACGUACUGCAUCCCGGUCCUUGACGCCAUCCUGACCAUCCCAAAAUCUCGGGCUCUCCUCGUCUUCCCCACCAAGGCGCUUGCACGUGACCAGCUCAAAGCGAUGCGGGAACUUGUGGCCAUAGUCAAGCCGGGGGUCUCCUGCGAACUGUACGAUGGAGACACGCUAUUCGAAGAUCGGAAGCAAAUAUGCAGAAAGGCGCAGAUCAUCUUUACCAACCCCGACAUGCUCCACCAGACGAUUCUGCAGCGCCACACGUACUGGAAGGCCUUCUUCGCUAACUUGGCGUUCUGCGUCAUCGACGAGGCGCACCACUACAAGGGCGCCUUCGGCAGCCACGUGGGCCUCGUGCUGCGGCGACUGCUCCGGGUUGCUCAACACUACGGAGGGACGCCCCAGUUCAUCUGCUGCUCGGCCACUAUCAACAAUCCCGUGGAGCACGUGUCCCGGCUGAUCAGCAAGGUGGACACGCAGCUGGUGAAGGGCAGCGGCGCGCCCCUGGGCCCGCGCCACAUCGUGCUCUGGCAGCCCGCGCUCGCCAAGGACGGCGACGGCAAGCGCAAGAGCGCCUACGUGGAGGCCGCCAAGAUCACGGCGGAGCUGGUGAAGGCGGGUCUCCAGACGCUAGUGUUUGUCGCCGCGCGCAAGCUGACCGAGAUCGUGUGCAACACCGCUCGCGACAUGCUGAAACAAGAGAACCGGUUCGAUCUGAUCGACAAGGUCGAGAGCUACCGAGCAGGCUACACCCCCGAGGAGCGCCGCAGGCUCGAAAAGAGCCUAGCUAACGGCGACCUUCGAGCGCUCGUGUCCACCAACGCCCUGGAACUUGGGAUUGAUAUUGGACAGCUGGACUGCACCGUCCACGUGGGCCUGCCGGACACGAUGGCCAGCCUGUGGCAGCAGAUCGGGCGCGCGGGGCGGCGCCAGACGGCGUCACUUGCCGUCAUCAUCGGGCAGCAGCGCCCGCUGGACCAGCACUACAUGCGCCACCCCGACCAGCUCUUCUCGCGCGGCAUCGAGGACGCACUGUGUGACCCGCUCAACCCGUACCUGCUCAGGAUGCACCUGCCGUGCGCCGCCAACGAGCUGCCGCUCACAGAGGAGGACGAAGCGCUGUUUGGGUCCGACUUCGGACGCGUUCGUGACGAGCUUGUGGAGGCGUCCGAACUGCGGUACGUCCCGGGCCCGGACGGAGGCGACCAGUACACGUACCGGUGGGACGACAAUCCGGCCACGAAGUUCAAUAUCCGGGGGGCGGCACAAGAUCCGUUCAAGGUGGAAGAUGAGGACGGCCGGUUCAUCGAGGAGGUCGAGAAGGCGACCGCGUUCCGGCGGAUCCACGAGGGGGCCAUCUUUCUGCACCAGCGGGAGUCGUACCAGGUCCUCGAGCUAGACGUUGAGGGGCGGAAGGCAACCGUUCGAAGCUGUAGCCCCGAGUUCCUGACGGAGGUGAAGGAGAAGAUCUCCGUCAGGAUCCUCGAGUCCCAGCAGUCCCGCAAGGCGUUGGCAGCUCAGCUGGAGUUUGGCACGGUCAAGGUGACCGAGUCCAUCGUAGGCUUCCAGAAGAAGCACAUUCUGCACGACAAGGUCAUUGAGGAGUGCUCCCUGCAGCUGCCGCCCACCGAGUACGACACGUGUGCGAUCUGGUGGGACGUCCCCCCCGAGGCGGUGUACCGGUUGGAGCAGGAGGGCAGCCUGAUGGACGCCAUGAACGGCGUGAAGCGCAUGGUCAUCUCCAUCCUGCCGCAGCUCUCCCUAAUGGACCGCCAAGAUAUCGGAGGGCAUGCCGUGCUUAGUCAGGAGGCCACGCAGAGACCGCAGGUGUUCAUCUUCGAUGCAUACCCGGGCGGCAUCGGCAUAACCAAGCAGGCUUACGGCAAGAUUGAGGAGGUGUGGCGGCAGGCGCUGAGCGUGCUCCGGGAGUGCGACUGCUCGGAAGGCUGCCCCAGCUGCGUCCAGCCGUCGUCCUUUGAGAGCGUCUCCGGAUCCAUGGCCGUCAAGAAGGCGUGCCGCAUCCUCCUGGAGGCCUUGCUGGCGGACUGGAUGCUCACCACCGAGGCUGCAGAUGAGGCACCGAUCCCCACGACAGGGCCUCCUGAGAGCCACUUCCACUCGGCGGCCAGUGCACAAAGAGACGCGGUUGCGAAGCCAAAAGCUGAGCCGUUAAGAGAUGCGACAAACUUUGGGAAGAGAUGCCAGGCAAAGCUUGAGCAGAAUGAGGAGGUGAAAGUUAGGAGCGUCAAAAAGAAGAGCGCCGUGCCCCGGCAGGUUAUUGACUUGGAAGACGAAUGACGACGCUGAGCUUGAUCAGGACGUUAUAAGGAAUUAGUGGGUGGUGCUAGCCCUUGCGUCCGCCGUUGCAGUCUUGGCAGAGGGCGGCCACUCUCUGUGCUUGAAAAGAGAUCAAUUUUAGGGGGUUGAGUUAGUGGUGCGCGUUCGUAGGUCGGAUCAAUCUCGCACCCAGAUAAGAGGACUGAGGCUUGACUUUAACAUUUUCCAUCGAACGCACUAGAAGGCAGAUGUCCAAUCAAGAUAAUUCUCAAACGGCAAGUUGCUUUCAUCUGCGAUUCAAAACAAGUUGAGUACACCCG